GCGGCGGCUCACGGCCCUCUAGCCGUCCGCGGGGCGGGGACGCGGCGACGGUGGCGGCGGCUCCGUGUCGCCGGAGCCGAAGCGCGCAGGCCCGUCCCGGCGCUCGGGGGCGGGCGGGGCGGGGGCGCCAUGUGGUUCAUGUACGUGCUCAGCUGGCUUUCGCUCUUCAUCCAGGUGGCCUUCAUCACGCUGGCCGUCGCGGCUGGACUUUAUUACCUGGCAGAACUGAUAGAAGAAUAUACAGUGGCCACCAGCAGGAUCAUAAAAUACAUGAUCUGGUUCUCCACAGCUGUGCUGAUUGGCCUCUACGUGUUUGAGCGCUUCCCCACCUUCAUGAUUGGCGUGGGCCUCUUCACCAACCUCGUCUACUUUGGCCUCCUCCAGACCUUCCCCUUCAUCAUGCUGACCUCGCCUAACUUCAUCCUUUCAUGCGGGCUAGUGGUGGUGAAUCAUUACCUAGCGUUUCAGUUUUUUGCAGAAGAAUAUUACCCUUUCUCAGAGGUCCUGGCCUAUUUCACUUUCUGUCUGUGGAUAAUCCCGUUUGCGUUCUUUGUGUCCCUGUCGGCUGGGGAAAACGUCCUGCCCUCCACCGUGCAGCCAGGAGAUGACGUGGUCUCCAAUUACUUCACCAAAGGCAAGCGGGGCAAACGCUUAGGGAUCCUGGUUGUCUUCUCCUUCAUCAAAGAGGCCAUUCUACCCAGUCGUCAGAAGAUAUACUGAACCCCUUGGGGAGGGGAUGCGGGGACAAGAUCAGGAGAGUCGGGGCCUGGGCCUCUGCACUAGAUGGGGGCUGUGAGCCUGGAAGGCACCGUCCCCUGGCCCUGGCCCUUGUCCCCUUGACUCUCCCUGAAGCCCUCAACCCUCUCCUUCCUUGAAGGGCUCAGCUUGGCUCAGAUCUGACGCUGCUAGAGGCUGUGACCUCAGAGGGCACCGGGGAGGAUGGCAGAGCCUGCUUAGCCAGGCGGCCACGGUCCCUCUGGUUAGGCAGAAGCUGAGCUCUCUGUGACCCUCCUGCCCGCUUCCGUGGUGUCAGGAGGUUCUGGCUCAGCUGGGGCAGGCAGGGCAGGAGCUAUGAAGCUGGAGACCAGAUAGGAAUAAGUUCUCUGGGCACAUGGCUGUGGGGAGGGGCCGUGGCUUGGCAUUUCUGAGAGAAAUAGUUUUUGCUGUUGAACUGUGAUUUCUGUCCCAAGUGCUGGUUCCCAUUUGAAUAAAGAUUCUAGGUGGCACUGUUUGCCUUAAUAUCCUGAAA